CGGUUACGUUUGCCGUGAACCGAGCACCAGAAAAGUGUCGAGGAAAAGUGGAGCAGUAUCAGUAUCCGCAUCACCGUCAGAAUCAGAUCUAAAAUCUGAGGCAUCAUCGCCAACCAAUUAAACACUCCAAAUUAACUCAAAUUUAAAUUCAAGUUCAAAUUCGAAAUUCGAAAUUUAAAUCAAAUUUUUUUUCCAAAUUCCCCGAGCGUCAGUUUCGUGCUGAAAGAAAAUUCACCAGAUUCAAGCUUUGCUUUGCAUUGGGUACCUGCCAGCUGAUUUGAUUAAAAAACAAUUACAACACUUGGGCAUCUGCUCUGUACCGUUUCAUCGCGACCUGGAAUUCCAAAACAGCAGCAGGAGCAUCUGGAGCAUCUGGAGCAUCAGGAGGAUCAGGAGCAUCAGCAGCGUGAGAAGUGAAAGGAUGUCGGACAAGCAAAAGGAUCAGGAGAAGGAUCAGGAGCAGCAGGUGACUGGCAGCAGCAAUGGCAGCUGCGGAUCUGGACCGCAACUGGAACCGCAACCGGAACCGGAAGUGAAAAUGGAAGUGCAGGUGGUAGAGGCAGUGGGAGAAUCGGAGGCAUCGGGAUCGGCCACCGGAUCCGAAGCACCUGCUCCGGCCCAUCCAAAUCCAAAUCCAACUCCGAAUCCGAAUCCAAAUCCGGAGCUGGAGCGCGACAGGGACAGGGAUUCGCACGGCGACAGUGCUAACAGCAGCAACAUCAGCAUCCGCACUAACGCCAGCCACAAGCGUUUGAAUCGCUUCACCCAGUUUUUGGACCUCCUGCCCUUGGGACUCAGCUCCAGCUCCGUCAAGCUGGCCACCACAUCGUCGUCACCACAGUCACAAUCACAAUCACAAUCACAAACACAAUCACAAUCACAGAGCCAGCCAUCCGUAUCAGUAUCCAUGUCCCCGUCGCUGGGCAGCCCGCAUCUCAGCAGCUCGCAGCUGGAGGUCUCUGCUGCCGGAGACAGCCUCCAACGAUCCAUUAGCUUCCACUCCGAGGAGCUGCUCCUGGACGUGGUGACCGGCGAGGAGUUCCGUGACCUGCAGCACAGAUCCACUCACAGGGAUGAGUUUGGCACCCAGCGCGUUUACAAGAAGACCUCGCCGAACUGCGUGCUGACCCUAUAUUUGCCGACUCGCGAGAUUACGCUCACCGGCAACAAUCCGUCCGUGUUGCGUGGCAUUGUCUACGUGGACCCCAAGGCCAUCCAGGGAUAUCGCGUAUACGCCCAGCUGACGCUGACAUUCCGAUACGGCCGCGAGGACGAGGAGGUGAUGGGUCUGCGGUUCUACAACGAGGCCAUCAUGUCGCUGCACCAGAUUUGGCCACGACUCGAGGAGCCCACGCCGGAGUCCCUCAGUCCCCUGCAGGAGGCCCUGAUGAAGCGUUUGGGGGACGGCGCCCACCCAUUCACCUUGUCGCUGUCCUCCUACGCACCACCCAGUGUCCAGUUGGUUCCGGCCAAGCGGUACUACGGAGCUCCGAUCGGCACCAGCUACGAUGUCCGCUGCUUCAUCGCGGACAAAACGGAUGAGAAGUUCCAUCGCCGGGCAUCCGUAAAGAUGGGCGUACGGGUGAUCUAUCGCACGGACGUCUUUCACCAGCACUUGGCGCCGGAGCAGUUCGCCGCGUACGCCGGUCGCCAGCAGCACGGCGCACAGUCGCCCCCGGCCAGUGCCACGCCCCCCUCUGGAGGCGAAGGCGGCGACCAGCAGGCCACCCAUACGCACCACUCACAGUCGCAGCCGUCGAGUGGGUCCAAGCAGAAGUCCAAGUCCGAGCGGGGCGACUCCUUCCCCAAGCUGCGCCUCUCGCCCAAGUCCUUCCGGUUCAGCGGCAGAUUCGGGCGCAGCAAGAGCGAGAUCGAGAAGUGCCCCAACGAUCCGUUCCACAGCUACAGCAAGUCCUUCCAGGAGCACUGUGACAGCAUGUUGCCACCGCACACUGGCGCCGGGGUGACCGGCGGCAUCGGGGGCGUCAGUGUGGGUCCCUGCGGUGGUCCCCAAGGGUCCGUGGACAAGCCCUUCCUGCUGCACGACGGCCGCGUCGGAUUGAGGGCCAGCCUGGACAAGGGCUGGUACACCCACGGCGAGGACGUCCAAGUGACCGUCAAUAUACGCAACGACAGCCGCAAGACGGUCCGCAAAGUACGGGUGUGCGCCAUCCAGCACGUGGACGUGUGCAUGUUCAACAACGGCAAGUUCAAAAACGUGGUGGCCGACUCGGACAACUUGAUGCCGGCCACGGACCGCACGGUGGCCGCCGGAGCCUCGCUGAACACCACGGUGGUACUGCGGCCGCAGCGCGGGCCCACCAAGAACUGGAUCGCCCUGGAGGACACAUUGCAGCGCAGCACGGAGCCGGAGGAGAUUACCGGCGCCAUUGCCGCCUCGGCCAUCCGAUCGCCGCACUUCGUCAUGCAGAAUGCCCAGCUGCUGGGCCAGGGCGGCCAUCCCCUGGGCAGUCCCGCCCUGAUCACGCCCCAUCCGCACCUGUGGCAGCCGGGAUCGGGAGUGGGAUCGGGUGCGGGAUCAGGAUCAGGCUCCUGCUCGUGCUCGGCAUCGGGAUUGGGAGGCCAGGGAUCGGGAUUGGGAGGCCAGGGGCAGUGCGGCGUCAAUGGCCACAACAAUGCCACCGGCGAGGAGCGCAACGUGUUCGCCAUCUACGUGUCCUACUAUGUCAAGGUGAAGCUUACCCUCAGCGGCAUGGGCGGCGAGCUGUCUUUGAAGCUGCCCUUCGUCCUGGUCCAUGUGGACGAAACUCAGCGACCGGGAUUCGCCUCGGCCACGUUGGGCGAGCUGCGGCUGGAGAUGGAGCGUCUGGCCCUGCAGGAUGCACCGGUGGGCAAGCGGACUGGACGGCGAGUGGCGCGGGAGAUCGGAGAUGGACCAUCCACCAGUGCCGCUGCUGCUGCCGCUGCCGCCGCCGCCGGUGCUGCUGCUGCUGGCUCCCAGCCCGCCGGAGGGCAACAGUCGUCCAACCAGCUGGACAUGAUCGAGAGCCUGGACGACGAGUUCAACAUUCGGGUGCCGGUGCCGAGGAAUGGCUCCCACAAGCGGCGGUUGCAGCGCAGCGAGACUCUGGCCCGCGACCUCGAGGAGCAGGAGGAGCAGCUGCCUCUUCGGGAGGAGGAGCACAUUGUCCAGAUCCAUCUGGAGCAAGUAUCGCCCGACCGGGAUGAAGUGCCGCAGCAGGGGGCGGAGAGCCACGCCCCUGGAGCCGAGACCGGGGCAGUGCCCAAGCCGUCGAGUGUGUGAUUCUGAUUGUGGUCCCAGAUGUUUGCCAAACGCAAGCGAAAGCCAUAGUAGAAGUUGCUUAAAAAAAAGUGAACCAUUUGGUUCCAGUUUCCAUUGCUUACUUAUUUUAUGCAAAGCCACACAGUGGCAUUACACUGGUAAAAAAAAAAACCUAUUAAGUGCAAGUAUUUUAU